AUGUUUUUUUUUCAGCUCGCUGGAAAUCUCGCAAGAUUUGGACAUGACAGUUGGCUUGUUGUGAGUUUUUUGAACUUUUAAAGGUGGAGUGCGAGCAAACACAGAAAUUGACGCGCAAUUGCAGACGAUUUUUGGCUUAUGUCGCACUCCACCUUUAAAAUUUUCUGACUUGGCUUUGAUAUCAUUUGAACUUCUGGAAUUGCAAUUUGAAACUGAUAGAACUUUCAUUUUUCUUGAUUUUUGUUGAAAAUCUUGAAAAAUGGUUGAUUUUAUCAGUUCCAAAUUGGAAUUUCAGCGGAGAUGCGGAAGCUAUGCCCAAAUUUUGAAUUUUUAAUCAAAAGACUGCCCGCAAACACCAAAUUCUACGCGCAAUAUCGACACCAAACGUUUUUUUCUGUCUGCAAAAAAAACACAAAAAAAACCCGAGAGAAAAAAUAAUAUUUUUGCGUGACGUGAAAUUUGUCGUGGCAAAUGUCAUUUUUUUUUUCAGUUCAUUCAAAUUUUCGGCGAGCAACGAAAUGGCAGCAUAUAUUUUUUUAAAGAUGAGUUUUUGUUUUUUCCUUGGGGUUCCUCUGAAUUCCUAGCCGCUCUUUGCGAAUAAUUUGCCACGUGUCUCUCCUGGAGUAAAGUACAGCUCAACUUAGCCGAACUCUGGAUAGUAAAGCUUUUUUAGUUGAGCAUUAGCCAUUGCAAUUGUCAGGAACCUCGACAUGAGUUACCUUAAGUCACUUUUUGGUUAUACUCUCGACUUUGUCGACUUGAUUUGGUUGGAAAAACUGUGAAGGGAGAGAUCGAGGUUCGCUUUUCGAAAGAAAAGAAAACGUGGAAUUAUUCAAGGAGGAGCGAAAUUUAGACUAUUAUCGGGGAAAAUACGAGAUUUCCAUGAAAAAUCUGAUUUUUUUGCAGAAACAAACUCGAAAACGAUGGAAAACCCGCCUGAACACGACGAGUUCGGCCAACUUGGCAGCUGAUGAUUUGAUUUCGAUGCCCGAACAAACGUUGGUUGAAUGUUUUGGCAAUUUCAAGCUCGAUUUUCAAAGUCUGAAAAUCAUGCAUGUUACAAAAUUCAAUUUUUUCUUUCAGAUUGGCGAAUCGACAAUUGCGCUACAUCGAACAAUCGACUGUUUGGACAUGGUAAGUAUAAUAUAAAAAUAAAAGUGAACUUCUGAAAUAUCCAUAAAAUAACUAAUAAAAUUUAGAGUUUUCUUGAUUUUCUUUAAUUAGAAAAUUAUGAAAACUCUGAAUUUUAUCAGUUAUUUUUGGAAUUUCAGCAGAGAUGCGGAAGCUAUGCCCAAAUUUUGAAUUUUCAAUGAAAAACUUCAAAAUUUUAGCCACUUGCAAAGAAAUCUUCAAUUUUUCAUUACUAGGACUCUCUAGCAGUUGAUUUCUAGAGUGAAAACUCAAAAAAUUCCAGAAUUUCUGGCUCAAAGAAGUGCCUCUGCCAUCGACACCAAACAAAUAUCAAUGCGCGGACCACACACUUCAACUCCUGGAGCUCGUCCAACAACAACAAUGAGAAGCAUGAACAAAGUGGACACAUCACCAGGUGGAUCCAAAUUCACUAGACCAGCUUUUGGUAUGGCAAGAACGAAUUCGAAUCUUCGCGCAAAAGCACCAAUCGCAUCACAACGUGGGUUUUGAGCUCAUUUUCAUAUAGGAAAACCUCUAUAUUUUCAGCCGGAUCUCGAAACGCUUCUCCACCUCGUCGAACAUCAACAACAGCUUCCGAAAUUCAACGUGUCAAGUCGAAUUUGGGAAACAGCUCGUUUGUCGCUUCUUUGACUCAAGAACAGGCGGCCAAUUUGCAAAAUGCUAUGAAUAGUGUUAGAGAUCAAUUGGUAAGUGUUUUCCCGCCAAAUUUCAUCUCAAAAUCUCGUUUUUCUAGCGUCAACCAUCGAAAAACGACGAUGACGAUUUCCUUUUGCCAAAACGUCCGAUCAAAACAACUCCGCAAAAAAGUGCGUUGAUUUUGGUGAGUGAAAAAUAAAUAACAAUUAUAAUUUGAACUUCUGGAUUGCAAUUUGAAACUGAUAGAACUUUUGUUUUUCUUGAUUUUUUUGUUGAAAAUCUUGAAAAAUGGAUGAUUUUAUCAGUUCCAAAUUGGAAUUUCAGCGGAGAUGCGGAAAUUAUGCCCAAAUUUUGAAUUUUUAAUGAAAAACUUUGAAUUUUUGAAAAAUAAAUUAAUUGAACCUUUUUUUCAGAUCAAUAUCAACAAUUCGAAAAGAUCGAGCAAGAAAUGA